ACGUGGCCAUUCAUGUCGGCUUGUUCGCAACAGUUCCCUGAUAUGCCGCACACGCUCGCUGAUGACCUUGAGUCGUUCGUGCACGUGCUAAACUGGUGUCUGCUGAAGUACAUCCCCACCACCUGGUACACAGAUCGCAAGAGUGUUGCGAAGUAUAUCGCCUCCGUUUACGACUUUGCUACAGCAGAGGAUCCCGAGAAAGGUAGUAGCGAGAAGUACUUCAAAAUCAAGUACGGUGAACUCUUUGUUCACUUACAGACCAAUCAUCGCAUAAACCCAUCACUCCGGGGUCUUGCUGAGCUCUGCCGAGACCACUAC